AUGGCCCAAGCUGAGCGGAGGGCUUCCAGUCCAGUAUCUGAAACUUUGCCUGACGCUGCUACUCCCUCCACUGCUCCAGCCACGGAGUCACCGGUGGUAGUGUACGCUGCCCCGGAUGCCCACAACUCCAUCUCGCCUUCUUUCGAGACUGCCAAGCGGUGUCACCUGCACAUAAGACAGCAGCCCAGAGCUGCACGCGCUGGGCCGGAUGGGAAGGAUCGAAGAGCCGUUGAUCCACCCCCGGUCGUGCAGUUGUUGAUGGACGACUUUGAUCCUGACAACGAGGCCGAUGUAGCAGAGCUCAAAUGCCCCUUCUGGGUUGUGCACUGCCGCUUGGUGGGCGCAGUAGCUGUCAACUCGGAUGUGAGCACGCAGUCCUACUACACAGAUGACGGGCAAAAAGAAGUGCAACGUCUGCUCUUGGGCACCACUGUGGCGAGUCCUACUCAUACUUCUGAUGACCCGGAUCCCCCCACCAUGCCCACGCAUCCCAGAACAAGAGAUCCGGUGUCGGCACCGCCUAGUCCUACGUCUAGGUUUCUGCCCAGUGCCGCCCAUGGGGGGAGACUACCAAGAGCUCCGCAGAACAUCCCCGGCUCGUUCUUCAUCUUUGCCGACCUCUCCGUUCGUAGAGCGGGGGAGUACCGGUUGCAGUUUACACUGAUGAAGAUGGAGCCUCCCUUGCUCAAAGUCGGUGCUACGGUGCCUGCUCAUCACGUUGUCACUAGUCAAGUCUUCCGAGCCGUCAACGCAAAGGAUUUCGACCAGGUCCAGGCUAGCACCAACUUGGUGAAAGGACUCCUUGACCGAGGUGCAGGAUUCCCGCUCAAAUUGAAGAAAGGGAUCAGAGAGGGCCAAAGACGGAGGAGACUAAACUGGGAUGACUAUUCUGACGACGAGGAUUCGGGAGACUACGACAACGAAUGA